GUCAUAAAUGUGACAGCAGAAGAAGAACGACACGGAGCAGCUCUGAGACUGAAGAGUGAUGAAGACUCUGAGGGUUUCAGCAGCCUACAGUGAAGUAACCAGACUCCCUGUGAUGCUGCUCCUCCUGUCAGUCUGUGAAUGUGACAGCGUGGAGGUCAAAGGUCACACGGGUCAGGACAUCACUCUGCCCUGUAAGUAUGACAGGAAAUACUAUGGCGCUCUGUCAGUGUGCUGGCAGCGAGGAGAAAUACCAACCAGAGGCUGCUCCAAUCAGCUGAUCUCCACAGAUGGGCUCACAGUGGAAACCAGAGCAUCCAGCAGGUAUCAGCUGCUGGGCCGACUGGAGGAUGGAGACGUCUCUCUGACCAUAAAGAGCCUGACAGAGGGAGACGCUGGACGAUACGGCUGCAGGGUGGAGAUACCCGGCUGGUUCAACGAUGACAAACAUCACAUCGAUGUGAGCGUCGUCACAGCUCCUCACAUCUUAACCACCAUCACCACCGUGGUGGGACAAACAGGAAGUGAUGUCACAGCCACAGACUCGAUGCCGACUCAGACUCAGACUGAGGUGAGGAUCACAGCUGUGCAGCAGGUAGACCACCUGGAAAACUUCAUCUGGAACUCAGUGAGGCUGACCUUCAUCAUCGUCAUCCCUGCUCUGCUGAUGACUGCAGCUCACAGGGUUUGGAGGCGGGAUCAGAGACUGCAGACUGACAGCAGGCUGAACCAAUCAGACGAGGAGGAGGGCAGUCCUCUGUAAAGAUCACCUUGAACAGCUGAAUGAAGGGAACAUCUGAUCAUAUCAUCAUUGUGCAGUUAGGUGCAUUUGCUCCCAGCAUCAGGGCAAAGACCCUUUGGGGUCUGAACAGUUGAACAAUCAGCCCACUGAGACCUGACGGCAGUCCCAUAAUGAUGUGCUGCAACAAUAGGAGGACAUCUCCACUUUACUGAUGAAUAACAUGAACCAGCUGUGCGGAUCAGCACAGACACUUUGAACACAUUCCUGUAAUAAUUACUCAAUUGACCUCGAGACAGACAGAUCCAGUCCCAGCAUGCUUUGCUUCAGACUAAUUAACUGCCAGGAAGCAGCAAGUCACCAGUGUGGGUCACAUCUGGAAGAACAGCAGCACCUUUCUAUGUACAGCACUGCAACCUUCAGGACUCCAGAAAUGCCCUUGGUGUGGAGGCUGGGCCCAGAUGCAGGCGGUGGUGAGUAUAAUAAAAGCUCAUGGCCUUAGACAUGGUCCCAGCCCGAGCAGAGGCCACAGCCUGCUGACGAAGAAUCUCAGUCCAUCCAUUCUCUUUUCCACUUCAGGUCGUGGAGCGGUUGGAGCCCAUCCCACUGUACCCCCUGGACAGGUACCAGGUUUAACUUCCCACAUUUGCUGCCCUCUGACACGACCGGUUGGGGUGAGGGGAGGAGACAGGACAAAGACACGCUGUGGAUAAAAUCUAAUGGUGUAUGAACACCUCGUGAGUGUCUACCUUACAAGCGCCUUGCUGUUGGGAUUUGGCGCCAUAUAAAUAAAACUAAACUGAAUUUAUUUGAAGUGCUUAAAGCUGCUUUAUUUCCCUUUGAAUUCAGAGUCUUUUUCAAGAUUGUGGUUCUGACUUUUAGAGCGCUUUAUGGAGCAGCACCAGCUCAUGAUUAUAUGAUUACCAUACGUCCCCAGCAGGUUCCUGAGGUCACAUGAUCAGGGCCUGAGGUCACAUGAUCAUCAUAUGAGGCUGUAAACUAAAGGACGCUGAGCUUUUGCUACAGUGGUCCUGAGAGUCUGAAGCUCUGUGGACUCUAAAAGCUCUUUUCUUUAGUUUUGUUUCAUUGAUGAUCACUUUGUGGUCCUCGUCUUAACAGAUGUGCUAUAAAUAAAACUGGACUUACUUACUCCAGAUGC